GGCGUACGAGGCAAGGCGUUUUACCUAUUAGGCUCUUCGCUCGAAAGCGGUGACUCGUUAUUGACGGCGAUCAUUUCUGUUUUUUUCUUUUUCUUUUUCUUUUUUUUUUUUUUGUAAGUGAUGUUUUGGUUGGUUCGCUGCUUUUUAGCAAGAUGCCGGCCUUCACACUGACACUGGAGCAUCCACCACCAAGGUGAGCAGCUACCAAGAGGAGACCAUCUUUGCCGUGUCAAGUGAUGCUGAACCGAAGAACGUUGCCAUCUCCGAGCCUUUCUUUCUCCCAGGAGGCUCAUGUGACAUAGUAGCAGAGACAGCUGGGGGAGUGCUCACCCGCGUGCCGGGACGCGCAGAUGAAUUCCACUCCAGACCGCGCCAAAGACUGCCUCCCUCCCAAGAAGAGGGAGUCCAGGCAGACCUCGUCCGAGCAGCGCCCCCCGGACCACUUUAAGCCUCCCGCACCACUAAGGAACCGGCCGGUGCAGGGAAGGAUGGCAGAAGUUAAGGGGCCAGUGAAAGCACCCACUUCAAAUUCUCAUUACAGCAAGGAUCUCCUGCUGCCACCUUCGCAUCUGCCCAAGUUUGGCUUUCCAUGGCCUCCUCACAGUCCACCGACCAUGCAGUACAGUCUUUCAGCAAAUCAGACGGGCGACCGCUGUGGGUCGAAGUUGCCCGUGUGGUCAGACCAGUGCUCCCGAAGCAUGGACCACGGGGACCCCGCGCUUCAUUCGCACCGUUGGCAACGUACUGAGGUCCCAGCCAUGCUGCAGCGCCCUAUUAGUUCCUACAGGACCCGUGGUCCCCUGGACUCUAGGGACUUGUGGCCUCACCACUUCUCGCGGCCAGCCCCCUUCCCAGACCACCACCUCGAUGGACGCAGGACGUACACAGUGAGGAAGAUCAACGGCCUGGAGGCUGCUGACAGCAGGCUUGCGUCAAGGUCCUCGACUGGCAGUGCCUGCAUCGGUUACACAUAUGAUGCCAAGGUGAAGCAGGACAGUUCCCAGACCACUAGGAAGAGGAGAUACCAGGAGGAUCAGAGGGCUUUGGACAGGGAAUCGAUGAAAGACGGUCGCGCACCAGAGGGCUCAAGUGCACAUUCCUCUGCACAGGACAGGGACUCCAGUGUGACACUUAAGGCUUCCGCCAGUGUCUCAGACAGAAGUUCCUUCUCUGCUCUAUCUCCGAGCACCUCCUCUCUGGACUGCUUUAGCAUGGCUGAUGCCCCAGGUGAAGCACAUAUUUUCUACAGCCUGGGGCCUAUACAUCACAGUUUGCCCCCAUUAGCGCACCCUCUCCAAAGCCCCGUGGGCCCAGGCCCCAUUGUCCCUCUAUAUGGCCUGCAGACAGAGGAGCCCCAUGUCCUGAAGAACUCUCAGCUCUCACCGUUGGUGGAAAACCGACCACUGGAGGUCUUCCCUCCAGGUCAGUACAACAGCCAUGGCCCAGAUCUAGGUCAUUCUUCCAAAGGUGCCCAGGGUUUGUCCCGCCACCAGGCCUCCUCUGGCACCCAUGGGCUUCCCCCAGCACCCCAGCCCUCCACGUUCCUACCUCACUUCACCAAGGGGUCACUGAUAGAGCUGAGUGGCGGUCAUCUGAGGCGAGUGGAGGACCUGCAAACAGAGGACUUCUUGCUCUGUGCCAAUACUAGUCCCGAAUUCCAUCUGAGCUUCUGCACCAUCCUGAGCAUCUCACCCUCCUCUACCCCUGGGUUCUCCAACCUGCAGGUCCUACUGGCUGACCGUAACACUCAGGAGUUAUUAAAAGUCUUAGUGGAAUACCCGUUCUUUGUCCGCGACCGAGGUUGGUCUUCCUGCUGCCCCCAGAGAACUGCCCAGCUGUAUGGACUCCACUGUCGCCAGCUGAGCGAGGGCGAUGUGUGCCUCGCGCUCACACCGGUUCCCUCGGCCCCGCCCACAGCCCCACCCUCAGCUCCGCCCCUUCCUCUGGCAAUCCAAGCCAAUGCCCCGGCGACAGGGACCACGGCACUCGCAGCCCAGCGCACACCCACUGACUCAGGGGCUGAGGGCGGCACACGGAGACCACCGAACUUGCCUCCUCCUCGGAGUCCUGCCCCUCCCCCUAAGCCCAACGAGCCGCCCAGGGAGCUCGCUUCCGCACGCAAAAGGCGCUGGUCGGCCCCCGGGCUCCUGGCGGUCGACGGCCCUCAAGAUUCACCUCACGUAUUCGGACACAGGGAGCAGAAGUAGCUGACAGCGGCGCUGCCCUCUCUGCCUGCAGGGGGCGCUCUCACCCAUCUCCAGCUCACCCACUCAGCAGGAGGGAGUCAGAGCAUGGAGACGUGAACUUUCAGCAACAGAGGCCCCGCAGCCAGGCAGGUGUUAGGAAAGGGACCGUGGCACAUUCGCCGCGGUCUGGGGACGGCGGGGGAGCAGACAGUGCCUCCUGUCGGCCCGUCACCUGGACGCACGAGGGAGCGCCCAGGAACAGAUGGAAGGAGCCUAAUGCACGAAGACCAGAAAGACAAUCAAAACAUGUACUCGGUGUGUUUACUUCUGUUUUUGUAACCGUCGUCCCUUGCCUAUUGAAAGUGUUUACUGCAGGAUUUAUAUAUUACAAAUGUUAUAUAAAUGCUAACUGCUAGAGCUACAAGUCAUGCGACCUCUUUGAUAGUCACUUUCGUAACCCGUUCCUUCGCUUCCCAGUAGGUCACAGGCUGGCGGUGCAGGCAGGCCGGCUGAAUGUACCCCUUUGAGCUUCGUUCGGUACGGGUCACGCCAGACGCUCCUUCGCUAAGCAUUAUCCUCCCAUGUGUUUAGAACUUUUUUCUGAAAGGAAAAAAACACUAACAAAAGUUGCGUAACAGACAAUCGCGGCCCACACGCAGGCGGGCUGAGCGCGAGGUCCUCCGGCAGGCGUUUCGGCGCUCCUCGCCAGGCCUCACGCUCACUGGUGUUUUACCAGCAUGUGCAGAGAGAGUCAUGGUGCUAAUGUUGGAACAUGACGCUUUGUGAAUACUGACCCCCUCGAUGCUUUAUCUGUGUUAUGUUUGUAUAUGUUUGAACGCAGGGACAAAAAAGAAAAGUAUUAUGAAUUCUGAUACGGGUAUCUCUUAUUGAUCAAAUCACACUCCUUU